GUUCAUUUGGUGUCCAGUUCUCAAAGCGGAAACAAGUGGAAUAAUUAGUAAAAUUAAAUUAAAAUUGUGAAGUGAUCUUUUGUGAGUUUUAUACUCAUAAGUGCAGUGAUAAAUACAAUUUUUUUUUACUGAAAAACAUUGAUUUAAGUACUCUUCAUGUUUUUAGUGUGCAGCAGCUUUCCGUAAAAAUGUGUCUAAUCUAAUCGUAGUUGUUUCGCAAUUGAGAAAACGAGAGAAGGAAAUAAAUAGAAUAGGAAGUGAAAUGGCGAAAUUAAAAACGCUUUUGAUAUGUUUGGUGGUGUUGACCAUAGUGACAUCAAGUUUUGCCGAGAAAAUUAAGAAAACGGUUCAAAAAAAGCCCGGAACAGUUAAAAAGGCAGUAAAGAAAACACAAUCUGACGCACCGUUGCCACCCAAGCAGAAAUUGCUUCGUGAUGAGGAAUAUGAUGAUGGAGAUUAUUAUGAUGAAAAUAUAGAUCCCAAUGAAGUUGGCAAACAACCACCGCCCACUAACAAUGGACAAACCGAAACAGUAGUCGGAGGCAAACCAUCAACUAAACAAAGUGAGGCGGUUAUUGCGCCAUUCCUUUGUGAAUAUGAGGGUAAACGUUAUCGAAACCUUGAAAAGUUCAAUGGUGGCGCAAAUGGAUGUGCCCAAUGUAUUUGUAUUGAGGGCCAAGUGAAUUGUGAUGAAUCAAAGUGUCAAAUUUUGGUGGAACCACCGGAAGUGCCAAACGUAAAUGUACCACAGUCAGGCGGUCAACAGCCACCAGUAACACCAAAGACAACAACAACAACAACAUCCAAACCAGCAACUGUCCGACCCGUCACACAAGGAAGUGAAAAAGGUCCAUCGCCUUCAGAGCUCGCAUACUAUGCAAGUCGUUUAACCGAUGCUAAUAUUAAUUCACAAAAGGGUCCACCCGAUUCGGUAUCAUACUAUCCAGAACAAUUACAAUAUUUGCAAGCUCAACAAGGAACACCUGGUGUGCGAGGACCGCCCGGAUCGCCCGGUCCGAUGGGACCUCCUGGCCCAGGUGGGCCACCAGGCGAACCAGGCUUGGCUGGACCACCGGGACCUCCGGGAAGAAGCGUAGCUGGAAACCCCGGAAAGGAUGGAGCUCGAGGCGAAGACGGAGAAAUUGGAUUGCCAGGCGUAGCUGGAGCACCGGGACCGCGCGGGUUACCCGGAAUUCCCGGAAUACCUGGAGCGAAAGGACAUAGAGGUUUUGCUGGAAGUGACGGCGCAAAGGGCGACCAGGGAGAAAAAGGCGCUCAAGGGAUUGGUUUGCCAGGACCUAUAGGACAACCGGGACCAACGGGCCGCGGAAUUGACGGCCAGCCAGGUCCACGCGGAAUGGACGGCCAGGUUGGCCAGCCUGGACCAGCUGGUCCAACUGGAAAAACGGGGUUGCCGGGCUUCCCUGGUGCACCAGGAUUACCUGGCGCCGCCGGAUUAACUGGCGCAAAAGGCGAAAGCAUACAAGGUCCAAUGGGAGCGAAAGGAGAAAGAGGUGAAGCAGGAAAAGACGGUUCGGAUGGAAAAGAUGGAAAAGAUGGUCAAAAAGGACAUGCAGGAUUGCCGGGAACUCCAGGACCAAUCGGUUUUCCUGGUCAGCGCGGACUCGCUGGAGCAGACGGCCUGAAUGGAGAGCCUGGACAUCCAGGCCCACCAGGUGAGCGUGGAACUAAAGGAGAAAGAGGUGACAGAGGUGAUGUUGGUCCUAGCGGAAAAACGGGCAAUCCCGGAGAAAUGGGCCCCGAAGGCCAACGUGGCAAAAGAGGAAUGCGAGGUCCGAUCGGUUUACCAGGCCCACAAGGUGAGCGUGGUGCAAAUGGAUUUGGUAUGCCAGGAAAUGAGGGUCCAAUGGGUCCGAAGGGAUCACAAGGAUUACCAGGUGCUCAAGGGCCCAUUGGAGAGAAAGGAUCCACUGGAGAAACGGGCCCUCAAGGGCCAAUCGGUUUGCGAGGCCCGCCGGGCAAAAUUGGAGCACCUGGCAUGCAAGGAGAACGUGGCCCCAUUGGAAUAGGGAAACCAGGCGAAAUAGGACCCCAAGGUAUACAAGGGAUGCCUGGACCGAUCGGUCUUCCUGGUGACAAAGGCGUGGGAGAGCGUGGGCCGAUUGGUGAACGCGGGCCGAUUGGCCCAGCCGGAGAAAGAGGCGAACCCGGCCAACGCGGCGAAGCUGGAGAAAAGGGUGAAAAGGGUGAAGGAGAAAGAGGCGAACCCGGUUUAAUAGGUCCCAGAGGAUAUUUGGGUUUACCAGGAGCGCAGGGAAAUAUUGGACCUCCUGGAGCACCUGGAUUAGUUGGACCACCAGGGCCAAUUGGGCCGAUCGGGCCCAGAGGAAUUCGUGGAGAGCGCGGAGAAAUGGGAGAAAGAGGCCAAAUCGGUUUGACUGGAGCUAAUGGUCUGAAAGGAGAAAAGGGCGAAACAGGAAAUACAGGAGCACCCGGAAUACAAGGUCCAAAGGGUCAUACUGGAAUUGGAUUGCCGGGACAAAAGGGAGAUAGAGGCAUUCAGGGUAUUCGAGGAGAGAUUGGGCUACAAGGAAUCGAAGGACAACGCGGCGAACCUGGUCUUCCCGGUCCGAUUGGCCCAAUUGGUCCGAUCGGUGAAAGAGGACCGAUCGGCGAGGGCAUUCCUGGUGCCCCGGGAUCACCUGGAGAAAUUGGUCCAAUGGGAGAGCGAGGGGAGCGUGGUAUUCAAGGCUUGCAGGGACUUCAAGGUUUUCCGGGAAUUCAAGGACCACAGGGAAUAAAAGGUGAUAAAGGUUUAACCGGAGCGAAGGGAGAGGACGGUAGGCAAGGAAGAAUGGGUGAAAAAGGUGAAAAAGGUAUACAAGGCUUGUCUGGCCCCAAGGGACAUAAGGGUGAUAUUGGUUUUCGCGGAGAGCCUGGUCCUGUGGGAGCGCCUGGCCGAGGUGAAAUUGGACCACCAGGUCCACAAGGAGAAAUAGGCCAGAAGGGGGAAACUGGCCAGAAAGGAUCUACCGGCGAUAUUGGUCCAAUUGGCCAAACUGGACCUCAAGGUAUGCCAGGCGAGAAUGGUAAAAAAGGAGAUAAGGGAUCCGAUGGACUUCCUGGCCCAGUUGGUCCUACCGGAUUAAAAGGAGCAAGUGGCGAACGAGGAUUUAAUGGCUUACCAGGUGCUCCUGGACAACAAGGAAUCAGAGGAAUGAGAGGAUUGAAAGGCGAAAUGGGAAAACAAGGAACCGAUGGCACGCCUGGUUUGCCUGGAUUACAGGGACCUCAAGGCCCGAUUGGUGAACCUGGAAGAGAAGGAGCUAUUGGUAAACAGGGUCCACAGGGUCUACAAGGCCGCCAGGGCGAAAAAGGCAACCAAGGCCCGAUUGGAAACCCCGGAUCGCCUGGUGUCCAGGGAAUGCCCGGUCUGCAAGGUUUAGUUGGCCAAACAGGGGAACGUGGUGAAAAGGGUUCUCAGGGUGAACAAGGACAAAUGGGUAUGCGUGGAAAGGAAGGAAAAAAAGGCGAAGCUGGUGCAAAGGGCGAUCGCGGAGAGAUUGGGCUUCAAGGAAUCAAAGGCCAUGUUGGUCUGCCGGGUGCUCCAGGAGUUCCUGGUAUUCGUGGAGAGAAAGGAAAUCAAGGAAAUGAUGGAUCAAUGGGGCGACAGGGAGAACAAGGUCCACGCGGUCCAAUGGGAUUAACUGGAUCACAAGGAUUAACUGGCCCAAUGGGUCCACCCGGCCCACCGUGCAGCGAUGGUAAACCAGGACCACCUGGCGAACCGGGUCCACCCGGCCCACCGGGCGAAUCACAAGGAUACGAUACAGCAUUAUUGCAAGCCUUGACAAGUCAAAUGUCAUCGAUCAACAAUAACAAAGGCCCAAGCAAUAUGCAAGAAGAUAGUCCAAUGAAUCGAAUAUUUUCUGAUCAAAAAAUAUCAAUCGAAGAACAACGUAGUCUGCUUAAAAAGGCUUACGAACAACUGAAGCGAAAUUUGGAAAAUUUGAAUAGACCAACUGGUCAAAAAGAUUCUCCAGCAAGAACAUGUAACGAGCUCGCGUUAUCACAACCAGAACUACCAUCUGGCGAUUACUGGAUUGAUCCAAAUGAAGGCGAUAAAAAGGAUGCAAUUUUGGUAUACUGUGAUAUGCCAAAGAAAGCAACAUGCAUUCGAUCACAACCACAGCGCAGCAAUAACAUUGUGUACGUCGGUGAAGAGAGAGAAAUUUGGUUGAGUGAAGUUCAUAAUGGAAUGAAAUUAACAUACAAAGCUGAAAGCAAUCAAAUUACACAUUUACAAAUGCUAUCGACUCAUGCCGCCCAAAAUAUUACUUAUCAUUGCAAAAAUACGGUUGGAUAUUUUGACGCAGAGAAAAAUAAUUAUCGCAAAUCAUUGAAGUUAUUGGCAUGGAAUGAUGCUGAAUUGACCGCGAAAAAUUCACAGCAACUACGUUAUGAAGUAACAGAAGAUGGAUGCAAGACACGGUCUUCCAGAUGGUCACAAACUGUAAUUAGUUACAAAACAGAAAAACCAUCCAGACUUCCAAUUGCAGACGUCGCUAUUCGAGAUGUUGGCAGUGCUGAUCAACAAUUUGCUGUAGAAAUUAGUCGAGUGUGUUUUGAAACACAGGACUUUGGCAGUCAAUAGAAUUAAGUAGAAAAUUAUAUUGUCAUUUUGUUGUAAAUAAGUUUUAAAUCGCCGUAGUGACUUUAAAAUGAGUAACUUCGACGUUGGCUUUGAUAUAGAUUGAAGAGCAUUUAUUAUUGUGAAAGUUUCUAUAACUUAAUCAGUAACAAAAACUAAAUAAAAACCAUUUAACAUGUG